UGACGCGCGCCGUGCGCGGACGCCAAGAUGGCGGACGAGGAGGGCGAAGCGCGGCCGGGGGCGCGGAACGGAGCCGGGGAGGGACCCCCGGGCGGGCCCCGCGUCGUCCGCAUCGUCAAGUCCGAGUCCGGUUACGGCUUUAACGUCCGCGGGCAAGUGAGCGAAGGCGGGCAGCUGCGCAGCAUCAACGGCGAGCUGUACGCGCCGCUGCAGCACGUCAGCGCCGUGCUGGGCGGAGGGGCCGCCGACCGCGCCGGGGUGCGCAAGGGGGAUCGCAUCCUGGAGGUGAACGGGGUGAACGUGGAAGGAGCCACCCACAAGCAGGUGGUGGAUCUGAUCCGCGCCGGCGAGAAGGAGCUGGUGCUGACGGUGCUGUCGGUGCCGCCGCACGAGGCCGAGAGCCUGGAGCCGCCCGAGGAGCCGCUGGGGCCGCCCUUCUACGACUACAGCGAGAAGCAGGCGGUGCCCAUCUCCAUCCCCACCUACAAACACGUGGAGCAGAGCGGGGAGAAGUUCGUGGUGAGGCUUCUUCCCCCACCCCGGGAAUUCGGGGGGAAAUCCGUGGCUUUGGGGUUUUUGGUUGUCGGGGGGGGGUACGGGGGUUGUUGGCUGUGCUCCAUCCGGGUCAUCGGCGAGAGCGACAUCAUGCAGGAGUUCCUGUCGGAGUCGGACGAGAACUACAACGGCGUCUCCGACGUGGAGCUGCGGGUGGCGCUCCCGGACGUCACCACGGUGACGGUGAGGGUGAAGAAGAACAGCACCACGGACCAGGUGUACCAGGCGGUGGCUGCCAAGGUGGGCAUGGACAGCGUCACCGCCAACUACUUCGCCCUCUUCGAGGUCAUCAACCACUCCUUCGUGCGGAAGUUGGCUCCCAACGAGUUCCCCCACAAGCUCUACGUGCAGAAUUACACCUCGGCCGUGCCGGGGACGUGCCUGACCCUGCGCAAGUGGCUCUUCACCACCGAGGAGGAGGCGCUGCUCAACGACAACGACCUGGCCGUGGCCUACUUCUUCCACCAGGCCGUUGAUGACGUCAAGAAAGGCUACAUCAAAGCCGAGGAGAAAUCCUACCAGCUCCAGAAGCUCUGCGAGCAGAGGAAGAUGGUCAUGUACCUGAACAUGCUGCGGACGUGCGAGGGCUACAACGAGAUCACCUUCCCGCACUGCUCGUGCGACUCGCGCCGCAAGGGCCACGUCAUCUCGGCCAUCAGCAUCCGCCACUUCAAACUGCACGCCUGCACCGAGGAGGGGCAGCUGGAGAACCAGGUGAUCGCCUUCGAGUGGGAGGAGAUGCAGCGCUGGGACACGGACGAGGAGGGCAUGGCCUUCUGCUUCGAGUACGCGCGCGCCGAGAAGAAACCGCGCUGGGUCAAGAUCUUCACGCCCUACUUCAAUUACAUGCACGAGUGCUUCGAGCGAGUCUUCUGCGAGCUCAAGUGGAGGAAGGAGAACCUUUUCCAGCUGGUCAGGUCACAGCAAAGGGACGCGGCCACUUAACCCCGGCAGCUUUUCCAAAAAAAAUUCCCAAAAAAAAUCCCUUAUUGUAUUAAAGCCCCGCCCCGCCCCAAACUAAAUCUCAUUAAUUCCAAAUCCAUUCGUGCCCAUCAUCUUUAUGGAAUUCCAGAGGAAAAAAAAAAACAAAAAAAAACUGGGAAAAGCCACCUGAGGGGGCUCCUUUUUCCCCACUCGGAUCCAGCUCCAGGCUGGGAAUUUUGGGAUUUAGUUUUUUUUCUUUUUAAUUUUUACAACUGGAAUCAAAAAAUUGUUGUUGAUGUGGAAAAAUAAGGGGAGGAAAAAAAUCAGGAAAAAACCCUGGGAAUGUUCCAUUCCUGCCUGGGCAUCCAUGGGAAUAAUUCCUUUAAAAUCCCACGGGGUGGCAGCAGCUUUUAAAGGGAUUUUCCUGUUUUCUCCUCCCAGUCUGGUUUUUCUUUUUAAUCACUAGGGAUUAAAAAAAAAAAAAACAGGAAAAACAUCCAAAAGGAGUAAAAUUCCAAGGAAAUGCCUCGUGGGUUUGUAUUCCCAAUUUUUGGGGGUGUUUCCCCAGGGAUUUGGGUGUGCCCAGAUCCUUGGGGUGGGAUCAGGAUCCCAAGGCUGCCCCUGGAUGGGGAUGAGCAGCUCCCAGGAGGAAAAAAAACCUGGAAAAAUCCAAUUUUCCCUAAUUUCCAGUGGGAUUUUCCCCUGGAUCCAGUGGCUGGGCGGCUCCCAGGAGGAAAAAUAACCCAGAAAAAUCCAAUUUUCCCUAUUUUUGAGCACUUUUGAUCCGUGACUUGGGUGUCCAAGCAGGAGAAAUAACCUGGAAAAAACCAUUUUCCCUCGUUUUGAGCAGGAUUUUUCCAGAGUUCUGGAGGAAAAUAAGGUGGAAAAUUAAUUUUCCCUGUUUUUGAGCGGCUGGGACGUUCCCAGGAGAGGAAAAUCCCAUUUUUUCCCUGGUUUGGAGCAGGAAUUUUCCAUGUCUUGGGUGGAUGAGCAGCUCCCAGAGGGAAAAACCCUCUGGAAAAGAGAUUUUCCCUAAUUUGCAGUGGGUCUUUCCCAUGUUUUGGGAGGAAAAAUAUCAUGGAAAAACUUCUUUUUCUUUGAUUUUGAGCACGAUUUUUCCGUGGAUCCAGCAGCUGAGCGAUUCCCGGAAGGAAAAACUGUGGAAAACCCGUUUUUCCCUGGUUUUGAGUGGGAUUUUCCCAUGGUUUGGGAGAUAAAAAUCACCUGGAAAAUCCGUUUUUCCCUGGUUUUGGGCUGGCCUGGAGCCGGUCCCGCCGGGGUUUGGGGUGGAUUUGGGAAUUUGGGAAUCCUGGCCUCAUUCCCCACCUCUGGAAUGCUCCAAAAGGGGAUUUUUCCCCAAAAUUCCCUUUUUUUGGAAGGGUUUUUCCCCACUCCUCCCCCUGGAGCCGGGAUGGGGGAAAAUUUUUUUUUUUUUUAAUUUUUUUUUUUUGGGAUAGGGGAAAAUCCCAAAUCCUCAGCUCUGGAGCAGCUGGGAAUUAAUUCCAUUAAUUGAAUCCCUGUAAUUAAUUGGAUUUCCGUUGUCCUCGGGAGCCCUGAGCUGUGGAAAACCCAGGAAUGGGGGAGGGAAACUGGGAGAAGUUUGGGAAUUCCCAAAAUCCCCCCUCUAAAAAUCUCCUUCAGCACCCCAUAAUUUGGGUAAAAAAAAACCAAUUUUGAUCCCAAUUUUCCCCAUCUCCCUGUGGAUUUUUUAAUCCGAAAAAAAAACCCCAAAAAAGGGAGAAAUCGGUCAAAAAAAACCAAAAAAAUACAAAAGCAAAACCCUGCCCCCCAUUCUUUGUCCCAUUUUCCCUCUUCCUGCUGCUCCCAUUCCUCGGGUUCCCUUUAGUGUAAUUAAUUGUAACAUAUUCUUUUAAAUAAAUUGAUUUAUUGAGGAAAUUCCG